AACUGUUUUAUUUAUUUAUUCACUAUUUAUUAUUUGUAAAGAAAAUAGCAUACACACAUUUACAUUACUCACAUUUACACUUUUUUAUUUAUAUAUUUCGCCUAGCUUACUAUCGAAACUAUGGUCAGCAGCGAAAAGAUCCCCGGACUGUUAGCUGACAGACGGCACGCGCAUGGAUUCGAACAGCACCGCCGACAGAUGACGCUCGUGCGCAAAAUGGGUGUACUCCUGCUAAGCAUCCCGGCGCUGCUACUGCUCCUCUGCGCUGGCGCUUACCUUUACGGGGUAGAGUUCCCUGAGAAGGCCAGCACACUGCCAAAGGCGCCGCACGAGUACCUGUCCUUGUACCCGACCAACAAGCACCUUGGUGCAGAGGACAAGGGCCACAGAAUGGGUCUUGCUGAGCGCGCUCUGGUGUCCAAUGGCACGCACUUGUUCCACCCGACGCUCAUAUUGGUGUCCCUGGACGGGUUCCGCGCUGACUACUUGGAUCGUGGGAUUACGCCCGAGCUGCUGCGUUUGGGCAAGCGUGGGUUGCGGGCCGACUACAUGAUUCCGUCUUUUCCGUCGUCGACGUUCCCCAACCAUUAUACCAUUGUCACGGGGAUGUACCCUGGCUCUCACGGUAUUGUCAGCAACGAGUUUUACGAUACGGAGCUUAACGACACUUUUGUGUACAAGGACGCCAAGCGGAAUAUAGAAUCAAAGUGGUGGGAGGGCGGCGAGCCCAUUUGGGUGACGGCUGAGAAGCAGGGCAUUAGGGCGGGCAUCAACAUGUGGCCUGGGUCCACAGCGGUCAUACACAGGACAAAACCAACCUAUGUUCUGCCGUAUAACGACAACGUGCAUCCGACGAAAAAAACGCAGCAGCUGCUGGAGUGGCUGGAUCUGCCGCUGGAGAACCGCCCAGCGUUUCUAGCCACGUACAUGCCGGAGGUCGACAGCGUGGCGCAUAGGCUGGGCCCGGAUGCACGCGAUGUCAACAACGCUAUAAGCCUGGUGGACACCGCGCUGGGAGACUUGUGGACGCAGCUCGAGCAGCGCAAUCUCACGCACAUAGUCAACCUCAUGGUGGUCAGUGACCAUGGCAUGGCUGCUGCCAAGACGCAGGCAAACGCAAUCUACCUCGACGGAGUUAUCGACCUGACCAAGGUGCGCGGCAUCUACAACUGGCCGCUUGGCGGCAUCCAGCCCCUGGACGAGGCCGAUGUGCCCGAGAUGUACGAGCAGCUCAGGCGCGCCAGCGUCGGCCAGCCGUGGUCGGUGUAUCUGCGCAAGGACAUCCCCGAGCGCUUCCACUACACCAACAAGGCGCGUAUUGCGCCAGUCUACAUUAUCCCCGAGCUCCCCUACUACGUCACCACCAGGGCCAUGGACAAAUUCCAUGCGAGAAAGCAACUGGAGCUGGAGCAGCAGGACUCGGGCAAAAAGAACCGCAUUAUCGGUGCCCAUGGCUUUGAUAACCUGCAUCCGCUGAUGCGCGCAACAUUUGUGGCAGUUGGCCCGGCCUUCCGCUCGCGCAACGCACCGGCACCCGAUAUCGCCGUGAAUCUCGCGGCGCUCAACGCAACACUUGCUACAGAGGCUGCCACGGAUGCUGCCAGGGAUGCCGCCACGAAUGCUAACACGGAUGCUGACACCGUCAGCAUUCAGAUGAUGAACGAGGGCUUGCAGAUUUCGGAUAUGAAUGCUGAGCAGGAUUAUUUAGAGCUUGUGCGAAAUGCGGUGGUUUCGGAGAGCGAUGUCAAGUACCAGGCAGAGUACGAUAGGUUGUGGGGCGAGGAUAUGAUGGGCGAGGAUAGAUUGCGUAAUAUUCGCCAUCCGCCGUUCGAGAACGUGGAGCUGUAUGGGCUGAUGACACACAUACUGGGGCUGGUGCCCGCGCCCAAUAACGGCACUGCUCAGUUCAGUCGCUGGUGGCUGCGUCAAUAGCUAUAAUUUCCUGUGAUGAAAGCUUGCAGCUGCAUGAUAAUUUUACUAAUAAUUUUGCUUAUUUAUUUAAAAACAAUAUAAAUUGGAGUACAUAAUGUCUGUGAGAAACAGCAUUUUUUGCCGAGCGGCAAUGCAAGAUAUAUAUAUAUAUAUAAAAUAUACAGGCCAAAAAU